AAUGUUUUCAAAAAAUCGUUCUCAAAAGUCCAAAUCUUCUUCUAUCCAUUUCCCCUCAUCCUCCUCAUAUUCAUCAAAAUCAAUUUCUUCUGUUAUCGGCCCAACAGUUUCAACAGCAUCAGCAUUUUCAACAAAAAACAGUCAUUCAAGACUUUCUCUUUCUUCUAUACGUCCAUCAAGUUAUUCUCCAAGAAGAAGGCCCUCUCCCUCAAAUUAUUUAUUGUCAAAAGAAAAAACAACAGAAAAUACGAAUCAACAACUUUAUAUUUCACCUUUUCUUUUAAAAAGACAGGAAAAUGAAGUUUCUGAUAAAUCUUGGGCAAGUAAAUAUUUGCGUGAACGGAAACAAUUAAUAAAAGAACAAGAGAAUGAAGCAUCUGCUUCAUCAAUUAAUCAAAAAGACGUUAAUGAAAACAAAGAAAAGGUUGAUGAAAAAGAGAAAAGGAAGGGAGAAAAUGAUAUAAAUGACGACACGUUCAAAAAGAGACUUCUAACAGCUCACAAAACUGUUGAUGAACUUCUUCAAAGAAGAGGACUUCAAUCUCGUAAUGAUUUCCAAAAGGAAAGGGAAUUGUUGUUGAGACAAUAUGAAAAAUUGUUAGCAGAUGUUGAAAAGGAAGGAAAGGAGAAAAAGGACAGGCAAAGAAAUGAGUCUUUCGAUUCCUCAGAUUCGGGAUUAUCUGAAGAUUAUUCUGAAAGGGACAAAAGACCUGAGAAUAAUGAAAUGGAGGAGGAAAUGGAGGAGGUGCAAGAAGAAGAAGAGGAAGGAGGAAAUGAAAAAGAGGAGGAAGGAGAGGAUGAGUAUGAAGAUGACAGGGACGAGGAAGAAGAAGAAGGGAGAGAGGAAAAUGAAGAAGGAGAAGAGGAAAAAGAUGAUAAAAGAGGAAAAGGAAAUGGACAGGAGGAAAAGAAAAGUAAAGAAGUAAAAAGAAGGGAAAAGGAAGGGAAGAAGGAAGAUGAAAAUUAUAAAAAGGAUGACGAUUUAGAGGAAAGAGAAGAAUGGGAAGUAAGAAGUUUAUCACCAGUUGCGCCACUGGUAGAAGAAGAAGAUGUAAAUAUAGAAGAGGAAGAACAAGUAAAAGACCCUCCUGUACAAAGAAAAAAUACCUCAAAAAUUAAUUCUGUAAAUAAUACAAGACAAAAUUCUUUAAUUUCCCAACAAUUAUUUCAAUCUUUAAGUAAAAGAGAAGCUAGAGAAAUGUUACAAUCGGCACGUUAUAAUUUAAGAAGAAUGUCAAAUAAAGAUGAAAUAAAUAAAAAUACAAAAAUUUUACUUAAAGAAAAUGAGAAAGGGAAAAAAUCGACUAAACGUCGUCCUUCUUCAAUAAAAAAGAAAAAUGAAGGGAAUGGUAGUUCAAGAAGUAGUGGAAAGGGGAGAAGACCGCGUAGAGUAGAGGCUGAAUUGCCAAAUAUUUUGAGGGCUGAAGAAUUACUGGAAAGGUUAAAAUUGCUCGCGAAGAAGAAAGGAAGAGGAGAAGAAGGAAAGGAAGAAAGUGAAAAUGAAAGGAAUGAUGAAGAAGUGAAGAAAGAAGAACUAAAGAAGGAUAGGAGAGAAAAGGGAGAGGAAGAAAACAAAAAUGAGGAGAAGGAAAGGAAGAGGAAGAAGAGCAGUUUGGAAGAAAUUGAAGAUCAAAAUGAACAAAGUACUUCCUCAAACCCCACUCAAAACCCUCAAAUAUCCACUCGUCGAAAUUCAACCACCAAUUCUUCCAAUUUUGAAGCUAUUUGGUCUAAAUUUACUUCACAUUUAAACGAAGAACAAAAAGAGGAUUUAGACAAUCGAUUAGUUGAUUAUUUCUUUGGAAGUCGUCGCCCUCCAGCGCCUGAUUGGCUUUUUAGACCAGUUUACUGCACAAAAUGUUGUCGUUGCAUUCAUCGUUUAAUGCCAAAAACAGGCAAAUCUUGGCCUUUAUUUCUGGAACUUUUAACACCAAAAGAGAGAGGGAAAACAAGUUGGAGACACGGAGUUGAAUGUAUGGGGGAUAUGCAAGAAUUGUUGAGAGCAAAAAGAUUGUUGUUAAGGCAAAUGUCUUCUUUAACAUCUGGUGAAGAAGAGGAAGAAGUAAAUAGAGGAAGAGGAAGGAGAUUAGUUGAAAUUGAAGGGGAAGAGAAUGAAAGGGAUUUAAAAUGGACAAAACCCCCGACAAAACUUUCUCAUUGUUUUUGCCCUCUAUUAAUUCGGCAUAGACAUGGAUUACAUCAUAUUGUUAGGACAAGUUCAAAAUCUAAAAAUCGACCUAAAAGAAGUAUUAAAAGAACUAAUGGAUGGGUACCGAGUUGGAGGAAAAGAGAACAAACACCUAAAAGGAAGGAGAAAAAUUGCAGCGAGGAAGAGGUUGACGAAGAAGUCGAAGAAGCUCAAGACGAAGUUAGUGUUGCUGCUCAAGAAGUGUCUAAACAAGAAGAGGCACCACCAACACCUAAAUCUCCUCUGAAAAGUCCCCCAGCAUCUCCUUUGAAAAGUCCCCCAGCGUCUCCUUUGAAAAGUCCAAAGAGUGAAAAACCAGAAUCGGAGCAGGCUGAACAACAAGAAUUUGAGGAAGGCGGGGAAGAUGAACCACCUCUCUCUCCUUCUAAGGAAGUACGUCGUUCCAGUGUGAGCACUGAUGUAACUGGACCACAAGCCCAACUUCGCAAGACAGAAAUUAAACAAAAAGAGCCAGAAGAGAAAGAAAUGACUGAGGCCGAAGCUGCAAUGUUAGCAGCCAAAAAACGUCACGAAGAGGAAGAAGAGGCUAAGAUGCGUGACAAUGACGAGCGUCGUCGACAAGAAAUGGUUGCCGUUGAACAAGAAUUGCAAGAAUUAAAAGAACGUCAAAUACAACGAAAAGCUGAAAGAGAACAAGAAGAACGUGAAUUAGCUGAACGAAGACGUCAAGAUGAGGAACGUCGUCGUCAAGCAGAAGAGGAGCGUAAAGCAAGAAUUGAAGCUGAAAAAGCACGAAGAGAAGAAGAAAAAAGAAAGAGACAAUUAAUGAUGGCUGGCUCUUUUGGAGGUGUUGUUCAAGCUGAGGGAGAAGGAGGAAAGAAUUUUGUUAUUCCUGAAAAGGGUGCUGGUGGUGGUCAAGCACCUGGAUUGCCUGGACAGGCGAGCAAACCACGGGGACUAUCAAAAGAACAACAGGAAGAAGCUAAGCGUAAUUAUAUGGCUAUCGUUAACCGUCCAGUUGAUGUCUCCAAUAUGUUGCCAAACGAUAUUAAGGCUAAAAUUAAGCAAUUAUAUUCACGUAUUGUGAAAUUGGAAGGAGAAAAGUAUGACUUGGAAAAACGGAAAGGACGUCAAGAAUAUGAUUUGAAGGAGCUUAGUGAACGUCAAAAACAGGCUGCACGUCAAAAAGCUUUGAAUACUGGUGUUGACCCGACAGAAGUUGAAAACACAAACUUCCCUCCAAAAAUCCGAGUAGCUUCCAAAUUCGACCGACAAACUGAUCGCCGGGAUUAUGUUGAACGCCGUGACUUAUUCGAGAAACCACCACCAGAAUUAAUUCCAACAAUUGCCCACGGAAGUGGACGUCCCCCAUCAGAAUGGGGACGAAAGGAAUUUGAAGAAUUGGAACAAAUCCGAAAGAAUUUAGAACCUCCAAAAUAUGUGGAGCAAGUUAAAGCUGAGGGGGAUGCUGCACGUCCACCUGUGCCUGUUAUUCCUUUACAAGUUCCUGCUGAGGCGUUUAUUAAUGCAAAUGAAGCACCCGUUGAAGCUGCUCCUGAACCUCCCGCAAAGGUAUAGAGAAAGAGUAAAAUGAUUAACUCUGUCCGCCAAAAACUUCUUAAAACCCCAACAAUUAAAAUAGGCGUUUUUGUUAAUUAUAAAGAAUUUUUAACCUUAAAAAUUCUUAAAUUUUUACAAAUAUUUCAGCCUUCCCGCCG